AUGGGAAACCUUGAUGUUGUUUCUUGUAGUACUCUUUGUUUGUCGAUUGUGUUUUGUUUUGUUCUUUGCGGUUAUCCGGUUGUUCGGGGUAAUAGGGUUGGGAGGUUCUUACAUGUUGAUGAUCGAAAUGGGAUGAAUUAUGUGUUUGAGAUGAAGGAUCGAGAGAAAGUUCUUGAUGCGAUAGGAGAAGACGAUAAAGGAAGGAUUUUUGUUCCUGGAAAAGGUUGGAGUGGUGGAAAGGGUGUAGGUGGAGGAUCCGGCGGUACAUCUAGUGGAAGUGUUGGGGGAGGAUAUGGUAGUGGCGGUCAAGGAGGAGGAAGUGGAUAUGGCGGUGGGGGUCAAGGAGGAGGAGUAAAUGGUGGUGGUGGCGGUGGUGGUGGCGGUGGCAAUGGUGGUGUUGGAUAUGGUUCGGGUGGAGGAAGUAGUGGGGGUUGGGGAAGUGGCGGCGGUGGUGGAGAUGCUGGUAGAGGUGGUGGUAUAGGAGGAGGAGGAUCGGGUGAUGGAUUCGCUUCGGGGGGCGGUGUAGGUUGGGGUAGUGGCGGCGGUGGUGGUGGCAAUAACAUAGGCAAAGGAAGUGGUGGUGGUGGUUCUGGAUAUGGUAACGGUGGUGGAAAUGGAAAUAGUAAUAAUGGCGGAUGGAGCAACAACGGAGGAUAUGGCUAUGGAGGAAAUGGCUCUGGUUCUGGUUAUGGUAAUUAUGCCGGAGGAGGUGGUUCCGGCUCUGGUUAUGGUAAUUAUGGUGGAGGUAGUGGCGGUGGUGGUGGUGGUGGAGUCGGACUAGUUGAUCAAUCAAAAGUUAGAGACGAUAAAAAGAAUAAAAUAUCAUGUAUUACUGACGGUUGA